UAUCAACAUCUACUUAUCGGUAUCAUCGGUAUCGUUGGUAACGUUAAUAAUGUCGGUAACACGUCGAGUACGUCGGUAAUACAGAGCGUCGUUCUUAAAUAAUCGAGUAUGUUACGACUGAGGUUGUGCUACAAUCAACUUAUUGAGAUUAUCUAUAGCUAUAUUGAAUCACUAAAAGUUACAAUUGGCUAUUUAACGGAGCAUGUAGAUAGAAGAUGUAAUAAAACACGUUUAUUUCAUUCGUUAAAUGUUUAAAGUAUUCGAAAAAGAAUAUAUAGUGAUAUCUUCUAUCCCGCGCACGCGAAGUGAAGAUUUCGAAACGAUUUUGGCUCGGUAACAAAAAAGAAACAUGCCACGGUACUAAUACGAAGUUAAUAAACGAGAGCGCAGCGUAAUAAUCAAAAGGAUGUAUUCGUGGCAACUAUUCAAUCUCAUGUUAAAGCGGGUUAAUUUUAAAUAUACUAAUAGCAACGUCAACUUGUCCUCAUUUUCUAGACGCUUUAAUACUCGCAUUAAAUUUGGAGGUUAUCGUAAAAGGAUAGAUUUGUGGUUUAAAGAGCAGAGCACACAGGUAGCGAAAGCAUGCACCAGGCAAUGCGAAUUUAUAGUAGCACAACGUAUUAGACGAAGUAUUCAAAUAUUUCAUCUCUAUACGAAAAUAUGGGACGAAGUGGUUCUUAAAGAAAUUAUUAAAUCAUGGAGAACGCGAGUUAUAAGAAAUUCUCGAAAAUUUUUAGUUGGUACUGUCGGAGUGAGUGUGUAUAAUUGGGACCUUGAAAGAAUAUCCGACGAGGAGGUCAAUAGUUAUAGGCAAGAAAUAGAGAGUAUCUACAAAUUGAGAGAUUCUACUGUUAUAUGUUCAAAAUGUCACCUGCGAAUUGUAAUUGACAAUGGUAGCAAACAACCUGGAAUAGAAUAUUGUAAAUGUGAUGGUGUCAAAAUAAAUACAAAUAAAGAUCCAAACGGAUGGCAACCAUAUAUAGAACGUCAAGAUAUGUUGAUUUGGAGAAAAGAGGAAGAAGAUACAGGUUUAUUUGCAUAUAAAGUAUAUGGAUCAUUCUCAGACGUCACAGCUGAAGAUUUUUUACAAGUACAAAUUGAUAUAGACUAUAGGAAACAAUGGGAUAUAACUGCUCAUGAAUUACAAAUUAUUGAUACUGAUCCACAGUGUACAAAAUCUAAGAAUCAUAGUACUGAUAUUAUAUACUGGGAAAUGAUUUGGCCUAAACUGUUCGCUAAUCGAGAUUAUGUAUAUCAACGUAAAUGGGUUAUAGACAAAGAUAAAAGGGUAGUAAUUAUUGUUAGUAAAGGAACUAAUCAUCCAAAUGCACCUAUUAAACCUGGAAUUCACAGAGUAAGAACAUACUGGUCAUACAUGGUGAUUAAACCUUACAAGGAUUUUCAUCAGCCUGGUAUCGAGUUUAGCUUAACUUACUUUGAUGAUCCUGGUAUCAGAGUGCCAUCAGCUAUCACUGCAUGGGUAGCAGUUGCAGGGUUGUCAGAUUUUUUAACUCGUAUGAGACAAGCAUCGAAAGAUUACAAAAAAUAUAAAAUGAACCAAAACAAUGUGACAUCCAAUAAUUAUAGUGUAAUGGAUCAAGAUAAUCUUACUGAAUAUGAAAAUUUGCAUGAAGGUUUGAUUAGAACAGAAGAAGAUAAAAAUUUAAGAGGACAUGAGAUUAUAAAAGAAGAUAAUUCAGAAUAUGAUGAAGUUAUUCAACCAUUAGAAUUUAUGCAAUCUGUGAAUGAAAAAAGUGAUACAGAAGAAAGUAAUAUAGAAGAAAACGAAGACAAAGAAAAUGUUGCUAAUCCAAUAUCUCAAGAUAAAGGAGGUUUAUUAAACUACUUUUUUCUAAGUAGAUUAUUUGCAUGACAAGGAAUUGUAGUCUUUAUUUUAAUACAAAUAAUUUGGAAUAUUGAAGCCUUUUUCAUGAUUUUACAUGAAAAUAACUUUAAUUUCAAUCUCAAUUUAAUUACAAAUGUUGAUCUAUUUUAUUAAUACAAUAAAAAAAUAAUACGUGUUUUUUUAUUUUUGAUUAUAUUCAAAAAAUUUCAAGAAUAUUAUAGAAAUAUAUAUUUACAGCAUUCAAAUUACUUUUCGAAAUUAUUUAUUAUUGCAUUAUAUCUUUAGAAUGCAAAAAAGAAAUAAAUUUGGUAGGCAGGUUUCACGACUCUGUCAUUGAAAAUCUAUACUAUUUUAUCAGUGUAUGAUUCAUGCAUUUACUGCAAUUGUACAAAUCAAUAUAGUUAAUGAUCAAUAAUACAUCGUAUUUAUGUAUGAUACUGAAGUAUGCUAUGAAAGCAAGAAAAACAAGAAAUAUUAAAUAGAACAAAUCUAUUAUUUUGUAUCUAAUUGAAUCAUCUAAUAUCAGCAUAUAUAGUUUUCAUUUACUUUAAUAAAUUAUUUUAUCUGAACAGUUAUAUACUGUUCAGUAUUUUAAUUACAUAAUUUCUUUUAAUAAAAUUCCCUUUAUCUAUGUUUAUUAACACAACCAUUGCUUUUACAUCAAUUUCUUAUUAUGUAUAAAUUCACUCCCAUUGUAAUUGUAUCCAUUGGCUACCAUUGCAUAAUUUCCAUUUACUUAUUUUUUGAUUUAUACAGAGACAAAAAAAUAUAAAAGACCAAAUGAUAUCAUAUAGUAAUAUUAUUAUAUUAUUAUUUGCUAAUACUUUAGUAAUAUUACAAUGAAAGGUAUUAGUAUAAAAAUAAAAUCAUAUAUUAGAGAAAAUUAAACAUUUUUAUACUCAUAUACAAUAAAAAAAUGUGAAAAAUAUAAUAUAUUUUUAUUCGUUAAUUACAUGUUUGUUACUUCAGUUAAACAGUCAUCAUAAAAAUAUAUUUCUUCUGCUAAUAUAGCACAAGAAAUAAAUACUUCAUCUUCUGAAUCCAAUUGGAAAUUGAUUUCUUCAGGAAGCUUUUUAGGACUAGAUAUGAAAUCAGAGCAAUUUUCAUCAUGACAUUUCUGAUAUAUAACUUGUUUAGUUAAGUCAACAAUCCAAUAGAUAUUAUUACUUUUGUGCCAUCUACCUAUAUUUUCACAAUACCUAUGUAAUAUUUCAAACGAAAUAUUUUAUAUAAGUUUGUAAUCAUUAAUUUGUAAUAGAAAUUAUUAAUAAGUAAUUUAUUUUACUUAGAGUGUGUUUUAUUAUUAUCAUCCAGCAUUUAUCUUCAUAGCUUUAAAAAUAUGAAAAAAAGCAUGAAGAAAAAACUGAAAAAUUACUCGUAAAUAAUUCCUUAAUAAUAAUAAUAAAAUACACACUCUAUAUAAGACAAUAUUAUGAAUUAUAAAUAUAAGUAUCAAUACCUGUAACCAACGAUUUCAUAUAUCAAUGUUCUUAAUCGUUCGUUAUAUCUACAUAGACGUAUUUUUCCUGGUUUAAUAAUAUUUGAUAUAUAUUUAUCAAUUUCAGGAUACUGUGAUGAUGUAUUAUGACUUGUUAUGUUCAUUUGUUGCCUUUGUUCUUUGUUAGAGUGUCUUAUAACCUGUGCUUCGUCAUUAGCAAACUCAAGUAAAACUAGAUCUUUUUUUCUUGGAAAAUAAGCUACCAAAGAAUUAAUAAAAAAUUCUAACUCUUGUUCUUUGUACAUAUUUGGUAAUAUGUACUUAGAAUCAGAUGAAAUUUCUAAAUAAGACUGUUUACCCCAUUUGGUAGAUUUAUAUAUUCUGAAAUGUCUAUUUUUUGUAUAAACUCCAACAUCAAUAAACAAUUUUCUUUCA